CAACAACAUUUUGAAACUGAUUCUUUAUAUGUUCAAAAAACAAUGCUAGAAUUUAGAAACACACAUACUUCCUCGAUUCCUACUUCCUCCAUCGCUCCUCAAAAUCAUGUUCUCCCUUUGUCUAACCUAAGUCCAUAAACCUUCAUCCACUGUACCGCCAGCCUCCAUUCCAGCCCCUCCGCAUACCGCACGCCAUUGCCGCCAGUCUCCAUCCAGCAGCCACCAACAUUUCCGUACUGCUGCAGACGCCAGCAGGCAGCCACCGCCCACCACCACCAAAGGUUUGAUUGGAAAAAUGCAAGGGGAGGAGUUGACGGAACAAGAAACUGCGCUCUAUGAUCGUCAAAUUAGGGUAUGGGGUGCCGAUGCGCAACGAAGGCUUAGCAAGGCCCAUGUGCUCGUUGGCGGGAUGAAGGGAACAGUUGCCGAGUUUUGCAAGAACAUUGUGUUAGCUGGCGUUGGAAGUGUUACGUUGCUUGAUGAUAGUCCAGUGACAGAAGAAGCAAUGAAUGCUAAUUUUUUAAUACCUCCAGAUGAGGGAUUCUAUAAAGGCCGUUCUAUUUCAGAGGUGUGUUGUGACUCGUUGAAGGAUUUCAACCCAAUGGUUCAUGUCUCGGUAGAGAAAGGUGAUUUAUCAAGUUUCAAUGCAGAUUUUUUUGAGAAGUUUGAUGUUGUUGUCAUCAGCUGUUGUUCUUUAAGUACAAAGAGCGCGAUCAAUGAGAUAUGCCGAAAGUCGUCUAAGCGCAUUGCAUUUUAUUCAGUUGAUUGUCGGGGCUCUUGUGGUGAAAUUUUUGUUGAUUUACAAGAGCAUUCAUGCACAAAGAAGCUGGCCAAUGAAACUGUGGAAUGCAUCUUGCAGUAUCCUAGUUUUGAGGAAGCAAUUACAUUACCCUGGAAAAUACUUCCUAAUCAUAAGCGAGUCUCCAAACUUUACUUUGCGAUGAGAGUCAUCCAAAGGUUCGAGGAGUCAGAAGCACGUAAACCUGGUGAAAUCUCACUUGCUGAUCUUCCUAAUGUUUUGAAGCUGAAGAAGGAACUCUGUCAAGCACAGUCGUUCAACGAAUCUCAAAUCCCUGAUUCUCUCCUAGAGAGAUUACUAUUGGGUAAAUUGGAGUUUCCUCCCGUGUGUGCCAUAAUUGGUGGGAUUCUUGGACAGGAAGUAAUUAAAGCUAUUUCACGCAAAGGACAGCCUAUCAAGAAUUUUUUCUAUUUCGAUGCCAUGGAUGGAAAUGGUGUAGUUGAAGAUAUCUCGAAACCAAACCCGGCUAGUUGAGCAGCUUCUUCACUGUUAACUUAAAUUCAUGUGACUAUAGUUAGAAUGGUUAUGUCUUAUUUCUUAUGGAAAGUAAAUUAUGGGCAAAUCUUGGCUCCUUAGCCCUCCUAACCUGAUUCUGUAUUUUUAGUGAAAUCUAAUUUAUGUUGAGAUCUAUAAUAUAAUUUUUUAACCUUUGGCG